AUGGAAGAAUCAAAAUUGCAGGAAGUAAUGGGCAGAAUAGAAGAUUUCUAUUUCAGCGAUGAAGAAGACUCAGGAGAGGCUAUUUUUAAUAGAUUUGCUGAGAAACAUGCUCAUUUGUUUGAGGCUGGGUUUGAAGCUAAAGCUACAGAAAACAAAUUAGACUUAAGAGCAAAAUUGAUUUUAGAAUUGAUUAAAGACUCAGGUGUAUCAGUAGAAUAAUUUUUUGAAAUCUUGAAAUAGAAAAGCGAGACUGAUGAAGAAGCACAAAUCUUUGUAUAGAUUAUGCUUUCAGUUAGUGAAUAUGAAAACUUCGUUGAGAUGAUGAGAGCCUACAAAAAGGAGCAUAAUAAAUGA